UUGUAUUUAGCAAGAACAAAACCGGAGCGAGGCGCCGCGGCAGCAGCGUGAGGGGAGCCGCAGAUCGUCACUCGCGUCCCGGGGAGAGGUUGAACACGAGUCGGUGCAGCGGGACAGCCGGAGCCGAGGAGAAGCUCCGCGGACAAACAGCAGCCACACCCCGCUCCGCCGCUAGCUCCGCCGCUAGCCCACCGCUAGCCCCGAGCUACCACCGCUAAGCUAGCCAAUUAGCUGAGGCUAGUGUCCCAGGAACGGUGAAGCGGUGACCGGCGAGUCCACGGCUCGUCUCCCGGCUCGGACGCCGGUAGUCUCCUCCACAGCGGGCUCUGCAUUCAGGGGGAGUUCGGCGGGAAUGGCCCGGACGUCGUGUUGAUCUUCUGCGGACAGGAACCCGGGCUAUGCGGCUGGAGGCUCGCUAGCUCGGCUGCUAACAGUUGUUUUUCGGUCCAGAGAGGAACCACAAUAAGCCGCGGCCCUGGCCAUGCCCGCGAGUAUACGGGCGGGCAAUCUGAAAGACCCCGAGGUGGCGGACCUCUUCUGCAAAGAUGAUCCGGAGAUUCUGUUCGCUGACCUCCGUGAGAUCGGCCACGGCAGCUUCGGAGCUGUAUAUUUUGCCCGAGAUGUCCGCAACAAUGAGGUGGUGGCCAUCAAGAAGAUGUCGUACAGCGGCAAGCAGACAAACGAGAAAUGGCAGGACAUCAUUAAAGAGGUGAAGUUCCUGCAGAAACUUCGCCACCCGAACACUAUCGAGUAUCUGGGAUGUUACCUGAAGGAACACACAGCAUGGCUGGUGAUGGAGUACUGCCUGGGCUCAGCCUCAGACCUGCUGGAAGUUCACAAAAAGCCGCUUCAAGAAAUGGAAAUAGCUGCUAUUACCCACGGUGCUCUGCAGGGAUUAGCAUAUCUUCACUCUCACAAUAUGAUUCACAGGGACGUGAAGGCAGGAAACAUCCUGCUGACGGAGCCUGGUCAGGUCAAACUGGGCGACUUCGGUUCUGCCUCCAUCGUGGCUCCGGCCAACUCCUUCGUGGGGACUCCCUACUGGAUGGCUCCGGAGGUGAUCUUGGCGAUGGAUGAGGGUCAGUAUGACGGCAAGGUGGACGUCUGGUCGCUGGGCAUCACCGCCAUCGAGCUGGCGGAGAGGAAGCCCCCACUCUUCAACAUGAAUGCUAUGAGUGCCUUAUAUCACAUCGCUCAGAACGAGAGCCCCAUCCUCAUGUCCAACCACUGGUCUGAUUCCUUCCGCAACUUUGUCGACUCCUGCCUACAGAAGAUUCCCCAGGACCGGCCAACCUCGGACGUGCUGCUCAAUCAUCGGUUCUUGUGCCGCGAGCGUCCGCUGACCGUGAUCAUGGACCUGAUCGCACGAACCAAGGAUGCAGUGCGGGAGCUGGACAACCUGCAGUACCGCAAGAUGAAGAAGAUCCUGUUCCAGGAGACCCAGCAGAACGGCCCCGUGACCGAGGGAGGGGAUGAUGAGGAGGAGGUGGAGACGUACCUGUUGCGGACGGGCACGGUCAACAGCAUGGAGAGCUCCCAGUCAGUUCCCAGUAUGUCCAUCUCAGCCAGUUCUCAGAGCAGCUCUGUCAACAGCCUGGCCGACGCCUCUGACGACAGCAGCAAUGAGAUGGCCAUGAUGCAGGAGGGCGAACACACCGUCACCUCCAACAGCUCCAUCAUCCACCGGCCCACGGGUCAGGAUAACAUCUAUGACGACCCUUACCAGCCCGAGAUGGACCAACCCCAGGUUCCCUCAUCUGGACGCCGUCGAGCCUACUAUCGCAACCGGGACCACUUUGCCACCAUCAGAACUGCCUCCUUGGUGACCCGUCAGAUCCAGGAGCACGAGCAGGGCUCUGCGCUGCGAGAACAAAUGUCUGGAUACAAACGAAUGAGGCGGCAGCACCAGAAGCAGCUGAUGGGGCUGGAGAACAAGCUGAAGGCGGAGAUGGAUGAGCACCAGCUGAAGCUGGACAAGGAGCUGGAGAACCAGAGGAACAGCUUCUCCACCGAGGCUGACAAGCUGUCCAAGAAGCACCAGGCCAUCCUGGAGAAAGAGACGAAAGCAGCUCUGGCGGAGGAGAAGAAGUUCCAGCAGCACAUUCAGGGUCAGCAGAAGAAAGAACUCACCAGUUUACUGGAGUCACAGAAACGCCAGUAUCGCCAACGCAAGGAUCAACUGAAAGAGGAGCUGAGCGAGAACCAGUCGACGCCGAAGCGUGAGAAGCAGGAGUGGCUGAUCCGACAGAAGGAGUGUCUGCAGCAGAUGCAGGCGGAGGAGGAGGCCAGUCUGCUCCGGAGGCAGCGGCAGUACUACGAGCUGCAGUGCCGUCAGUACAAGAGGAAGAUGUUGCUGGCUCGACACAACCUGGAGCAGGACCUGCUGCGAGAGGACCUGAACAAGAAGCAGACUCAGAAAGAUCUGGAGUGCGCCAUGUUGCUGCGACACCACGAGUCCACGCAGGAGCUGGAGUUCAGGCAGCUGAGCUCCGUGCAGCGCACCCGGGCCGAGCUGAUCCGAACGCAGCACCAGACCGAGCUGACCAACCAGAUGGAGUACAACAACCGGCGUGAGCAAGAACUUCGCCAGAAACACACGGUGGAAGUCCGGCAGCAGCCCAAGAGCCUCAAGACCAAAGAGAUGCAGAUCAAGCGUCAGUUCCAGGAGACGUGUAAGAUCCAGACCCGUCAGUACAAAGCUCUGAGGAACCACCUGCUGGAGAGCACUCCCAAGUCCGACCACAAGGCCGUCCUCAAACGCCUCAAAGAGGAGCAGACGCGUAAGCUGGCCAUCCUGGCCGAGCAGUACGACCACUCCAUCAACGACAUGCUGUCCACACAGGCUGUGAGUAAGCUGCGCCUGGACGAGACCCAGAUGGGGGAGUACCAGGUGCUGCGGAUGCAGCUGCAGCAGGAGCUGGAGCUGCUCAACGCCUACCAGAGCAAGAUCAAGAUCCACACGGACACGCAGCACGAGCGGGAGGUGAAGGACCUGGAGCAGAGGGUGUCCAUCCGCCGGGCGCUGCUGGAGCAACGGAUCGAGGAGGAGAUGCUGUCGCUGCAGAACGAGCGGUCGGAGCGGAUCCGCACGCUGCUGGAGCGCCAGGCGCACGAGAUCGAAGCCUUCGACUCGGAGAGCAUGCGGCUCGGCUUCAGCAACAUGGCGCUGACCGGCAUCCCGGCCGAGGCCUUCAACCAGGGCUACCCGACCCCCAGCCCGUCCUCGGGCUCCAGCGGCUGGCCGUCGCGGCCCGUCCCGCGCUCGGGGGGGCAGUGGAGCCACAGCGUGCAGAACUCGGUGGCGACUCCGUCCUGGCGCAGUCAGAACCACGGAGGAGGUGGAGGAGGAGGGGGAGGAGGAGGGGGAGGGUUCAGCCGGGCCGAGUCCAUCACCUCCUCCCACGGCAUCGGCAGGGACAGCGAGAUGAACAAGGGCGGCAGAGGCCACGCCUCCUCCUCCUCCCACCACCACCACCACCACCACCAGCAGCAGCACCAUCACCAGCACCACCAGCAGCAGCAGCAGCAGCAGCAGCAGCACUACCUCCCCCAGCACUACCAGCACCACCAGAGCACGCCGCAGCUCUACCGCGACAGCCACGAGCGAGACCCCCGGGAGCGGGAGCGUGCCCGGGAGUGGGUGGGAGGGGGGGGCCACUACUCCCAUCACCCCCAGGGCCACCACCACCACCACCACCACCUCUCCACCCACGCCUCCUCCCAGUCCCUGGCGCUUCUUCCACCACCGCCGCCGCCUCCGCCCAUCUCCCUCUCCUCUUCCUCCCCCCCCUCCUCGGCCUCCUCCUCCUCCUCCUCGUCACAGGGAUGCUACGCAGGGGGGGGUGGCCUGAGCGUCAGGGGCCCCAACCUGAUGGCCCUGAGGAACAGCCCCCAGCCCCUGAGGAGGACGGCCUCGGGGGGGCCGGGGAGCGGCGGCGGGAGCGACGGUGGGCUCAGCCGCAGCACGUCCGUCACCUCCCACAUCUCUAACGGCUCCUCCCACCUCUCGUACUCAUGAAACCUCACGGGUCACAUGACGACGGGUCGAGCAGCAGCAGCGAGUCCAGAGGAGAGAGAGAGAACGAUUUUUAAAGUCUACGUUUUCAGAUCUCCUCUCUUGGAGUGGAAAAGAGAGAGAGGAAGCUUUUAUCAAAACAGA